AGUAUAUCAAGGACAGUAGUACAGAACCCAGCACUACGUACAGAGGUUUGCUUUUCAACUUGGCUCUCCCAGUAAACCAUGACAGUGUCGUCGUUUGUCAAGGCCAGACUGCCCUCGUCCGGGGCGGCGACCACACGAGGAAGGUUUCUGGUUCGCCAAGGAUCGCAAGCCCGCUCAGCUCAGUCAUGCGCAGCAGAAGCGCUUUCACGAUGCAGUGCAACACCGUCACCGCGUGGUCUACUCGUCCACCGAUCUUUCGCAACCGCGGCUGCCAUGCCCCUGAAGGGCACGGUGGUUCGGGAGUCGCACGAACGACAUGGAGGCAAGAUGGUCGACUUUGCCGGCUACGCUUUGCCUGUGCAAUACGCCGGGGAGGGCAACAAGCAAGCGCUUUCCAUCGUUGACAGUGUGAAGUGGACGAGGACGAAAUGCAGUCUGUUUGACGUAAGCCACAUGUGCUCGAUCAAGUGGUUUGGAAAAGACGCGGCCAAGUUUUUGGAGACCGUAACCGUGGCGGAUGUGCAGGCCAUGCCGAACAUGAAGGGCGGCCUGAGUCUCCUGACGCUGCCGUCGGGCGGCAUUCUAGACGAUACCAUGUUGACCAGGGUAGAUGAGAGCGCAGAGAGUAGUAGUCCCAACUAUAUCUACCAAGUAGUCAAUGCUGGGUGCGCGACGAAAGAUUUGGCGCAUCUGGAGAUGCAGCUCGCAGCCUUUGUGAAAAAGGAAUCUGCGGACUGCGCGAUGGAAGUACACUGGGACGACCGAGGCCUAUUUGCCCUGCAAGGACCAGCGGCUGCCGCAACUCUUGAAAAAUUGUCGGGCCAAUCCCUGCAGAGCUUGCCCUUCGGAGCAGCAGUGUGGCUCCCGCUCUGCGGAGAAAAGUGCUUCGUCACCAGAGCCGGGUAAAGAGUGACUUUAUGAAACUACAUAUGACUAAGUACUUUUACUGGACCUCUAUCACGGACACUGCAUCAAAGUACCAGAAGCCCUUUCCAACAAAAAUUUCAGGUACACGGGCGAGGAUGGGUUCGAGAUUUUUGCACCGGGAAAAACCGUCGCGGCCAACGUUUGGGACCAGCUGGUCGAAGCUGAAGAUGUGCGCCUCGCCGGUCUCGGGGUCCGCGACGCCCUCCGGCUGGAGGCAGGCUUGUGCUUGUACGGCCACGAUCUGGAUGAGUCUACCACCCCGAUCGAGGCUAGUCUCGCGUGGACUAUAGCGAAAAGCCGCAGAAUCGGGGACCGCGCAAACUUUCUCGGGAGCGACGUGAUUCUUGACCAACUGAACAACAAGACCGAUAAAAAAAGAAGAAUCGGCUUGCUCGUCGAAGGACCGGUGCCCGCACGGGAGGGCAUGGCCUUGGUGACGGACGCAGGGGAAAAAAUCGGGACCGUCACAAGCGGGCGGGAGAGCCCGAUUCUGAACCAAAAGAUCGCGAUGGGCUACCUGGACAAGCCGUUUAACAAAGUAGGCACGAAGGUGAAAGUGCAGAUCCGAAGCAAGAAGGCCGACGCGACCGUGGUGAAGAUGCCCUUUGUCCCCACGAAGUACUACAAGCCGUGA